AUGGAGGCCUAUACGAAAAAACUGGCGGUGGAACGUGGGGCAUUGAGGGACGUGGCGGCUGCGGCUGGAGGGGCAGGGGAAAACGACGUAUCGGGGACUGAGCUGGUGGCUGCUGCGGCACCCAGUUUGGCGGCUGCAAUGGUGCCUGAGGCUGUUGCUGCUGCUGCAUCUGCAGCAGCGACGGCGGCGGGCCUGGUGUCUGCUGGCGUUUCUGCCGCUGCCUUUGGCGGCGGCUCAACUUCACCCUCUGCCAUCCCACGGGUUGCACAGCCGGGGGCUGAGGAGCCAAGUCCGGGCGCGGAUAAGGAACAGACCGCGGAGGUGGUGUUGUCCACGUCGCCGGCACCUGUAACUGCGGCUGUGCUGGCGGCGGCGAUGUCUGCUGCGACUGGGGAGCAGGGCGGAGCCCCGUCGGCGGAAGACGUGAUGACUGCCGCUGCGUGCGCCGAAACGCCUGUUGAUGCCGUGGCCGCAAACAGGCAGGAGUGUGCCCAGGCGGAGGGUGAGUUUCCAGGACACGCACACGGCGAUUCUUCCAGCGCGGCACAGGCGAAGUCGAAGAAGAAGUUGCGCGCCCAGCCAGCGCCGAGACGGCCCGGAGCAGGGCUGGGACCUGGCUCCCCGGGACCCCUCCUGGGCUGGCUUCUGCAAGGGCAACCGCCAUCAGAGCGAGCGCGUCGCCCUGCGGCCCCAGCCGCAGAAGGCGUUGCCACUCGUCGCUCGGCUCGACUGGGCACUGUCACGUGGGGCCCUCCAAGGGGAGGCCGUACGCCGUGGAUGCCGGCGGGGAGAGCGGGACUGGAGGCCACGGCUCGAUCGGCGCCGGCGGCGGGCCGGGGUUUACGCGGUAUGGGCCGCGGAAGGCGAGGGGGAGGGCGCGGGAGUGUUGCUCGUCUGGGGGGAGCAGAGAUCCAACCCCGAACAGGCCCGUGGCGGGAACGUCAUGACCGUCCAGAGGUUUCGGAGGCUGCGGCCAAUGGGGACGUAGCCGGCUCUGCUGAGGAGAACGGGGAUCCAGAUUUUAUGUGUGGAGAGGAGCCAGGCCCAGAGUCGGAAGAGGUUUCGCUGGACAACGAGGAGGAAGUGGGAAGAGGGCGGAAUCGAGCGAGAGGCACAGGGGAGGGAGCGGACGGAGAAACAUCCCAUGCUGUGGGAGGGUCGGUCCCGGCCGCAGCGGUCGCCAACGAGGUGAAAUCGCCUGCCACCCUGGCAGAGGUCGACGCCAUCUGGCAGAUAGCUAGCACGUGGACCAUGGACCUUCUCCAACAAAUAGACCAACCAAUGCCCAGGCGCAUGGGCGAUCCUGCUAUACCUCCCGAGGCUGACGCUGCGUCCACCACCAGAGCCAGUCACUGGCAGCCGAUGGGCAUCAAUUGA